GCCUGUGGUGCGGGCUAGUGCGGUCACGGUGGAGUUCAGUCAGUUGGUUGAGCCCUCAAUAUGGCUUCUGGCAACGACAGGGGAGCGGAAUCACUGAAGCGUGAAAUCCUUCAGAGAUUGCAUGACCGACUGCUACACAUCUUGGAGAGGCAGCCUCUCGACAUGGAAGGGUUACAUUUUGUUUGCCAUCAGAAUUUAGUUUUACUAAGUGCUCUGGAUGACGCAGUGAAUGUAGGAGAAGAAUUACUGUCUGCACUUACAAAUUUAAGUACUGUUAUCCAACAGGAGAUGGAGAAUGAGCAGACAUUUAUAACACUAGAUUUGCAGAAGGGCUUUCGUGGGCGUCCACGAUUGACGACGUCAGUAGAGACCCUCACACACAUCUUCUAGAACUUGGGCUGCCAUCAAAAUGCAUCGCUAGACUCCUUGGUGUGUCGAGAGCUACACUUUUUAGGCGGAUGGCUGAAAAUAAUCUAUCUAUAUCUGCCUCAUACAGUGGCUGCAGUGACGAUGAAUUGGACUCAUUGAUCACAGGAAUUAAGAGCACAAUGCCAGAUGCUGGGUGCAGAGUAGUCAAAGGUGCUCUACUUGCACAGGGACACAGAGUGCAAUGGGACAGAGUGUAUGCAUCCAUGCAUCGCGUGGACAGUGUAGGUGUACUUUCCAGGAUGACUCGUCUGAGAUGUGUGGUGAGGAGGACGUACACAGUUCCUUACCCAAAGUACAUGGUGCACAUUGACACCAAUCACAAGCUCAUCAGGUACAACUUUGUUAUCUUUGGGGGAAUAGAUGGCUAUUCAAGAAAGAUGAUGUACCUCAAGGUAGCAGACAACAACCGAUCUGAUACACACCUGGCAUUCUUCAAUGAAGCUGUGAAUGAGCAUGGGUUUCCUCUGAGAGUGAGAGGAGAUCACGGAGGAGAAAAUGUGGGGAUAGCGGAAUUAAUGUUCUCAGUUCGUGGAACUGACAUUAACAGCUUCAUUGCGGGGAAAAGCGUACACAAUCAGCGGAUUGAGCGCCUCUGGCGUGAUUUGUUCAUGAGUGUUACAGGAGUGUAUUACAAUAUCCUGCACUCUCUUGAGGACGAACACCUUCUUGACAUCAGCAAUGUCCUACACAUAUUCUGCUGCCACUAA